AUGAACAAAUGUUACACCAGUUGCGGGCCAGCUCACCCCGCCCCGCAGGAAACACCCGCGGCGGCGGCAACAGCCAGCCCCCUGCCGACAGCCACUCCAUCUUCUGACGGUCCUCUGCCUUCACCUGAACCCUUUACGGCUGCGGAACGCCAGCGACGCAUCUCGGCCGGGUACAUAAUAGAACAAGGAAAUCUACGACCCGACCCUGUGAAAGUCAAAGUUGUAGUGGACGGGCCAGAGCCAAACAACCGUCGCCAGUUACAAAGCUUCCUAGGCUUUGCCAAUUUUUACAAGAGGUCUGUACGGGACUUCAGCAGAAUUGCCUUACCAUUAAUCCAGUUAACUGCUCCCAAGAUUGUUUUCCAGUGGAAUGAUGCCGCCCAAUCAGCCUUUCAGGAGCUCAAGAAACGGUUUGCCUCAGCACCCAUUCUGGUCCAGCCUGACACUACUCUUCAGUUUGUGGUAGAGGUCGACGCAUCCGACUCGGGGGUGGGGGCCGUCCUCUCCCAACAAAAGGAGGACCCUGUUCCCGGAACGUCAAACUUCACGCCCUCUCCCGUCAGUUCUCUGCUGCUGAAGACAAGGCGGAUCCUGACCCCAUCCUGCCGGCAGCCUGUACUAUCCAAGCCAUCACCUGGGAGAUUGAAGCAGCUAUCCGAGAGGCCGAAGGAACCGAACCGAAUCCGGGAGGAGGCCCCGCCCAACGACUUUAUGUGCCUCGCUCCAUCAUGCAUGGGAUCCCGGAAGACACUGUGUCCGACAGAGGGCCUCAAUUCACUUCACAGGUCUGGAAGGAAUUCUGCAAUUCCAGGGGAGCAAAGGUCAGUCUAUCCUCUGGCUAUCAUCCACAGAGUAACGGCCAGUCCGAGCGGGCCAACCAGGAGCUAGAGGCCGCUCUGCACUGCGUCGCCUCCACCAAUCAAACCAUCUGGAGUGAGGAGUUGCCGUGGAUCGAGUACGCCCAUAACAGCCUGACUGCCUCUGCCACCGGCCGGUCUCUAUUCGAAGCCUCCUUGGGAGAUCAGCCUCCUCUAUUUCCUGCUGUGGAAGGUGAGCACUCUGUACCCUCCGUCCAGGCUCAUUUACGCAGGUGUUGUCGAGUUUGGCGGGCCACUCAAGCGGCCCUACUACGCACAAAAGAGAACAACAAACGCAUCGCAGAUCGGCACCGGACCCGUCCCCUGUGCAACUGUGACUGGGCGUGAGCAAGAAGAGUGGUGGAGAAAAGAGGAGCUGUUUGUGUGUGGAAACCCCCUCCCCUGGACUCCGGCCCCUUUCACUCCUGGACCCUGGAACCAAAGCCCUUUUCCCCAAACACCUUUGUAUAUAUAUUGCACUGUGGUAGAUCACUGUAAAUAAAUUCACUCUUGUUCGAAAGGAGUUUGUGGUCUGCGCUUGAGUCUGCUCUGCAGCACCUGUCCCUCUACUGCUCUUCAGUUCGCAUCAACAUAAGCUCAUCAUAUUCUAUGAUAUGAUUUACUCUCAGGUGUUUGACGAGGUUAGUGGUGCUGCCACAACACCUCACUGUCUUGCCACAUAUAUCGCAAACCGUGUCUUGGCUGUUUGUGGAGGUAAAAUACAUCCACACAUGACUCCGUUUACGCUCAGCCAUUGCUGUGAGUGCGCACGCCAGGGGCUGUGACACAUUCAUCCAGCCGUAUUUCACAUAUGACUAUGAAAGGCGUAAGAGGAAGUAGUUCCUUCCAAUUUAGACGAUCUGAAUGAUAUAGUUUAUUUCCACUGUUCCUGUUAAUGAAACACUACAAAUUUACCCCAAAGUACUAAAAUAUUGAUAUUUUAAUAUGAGAAUCGAUUCUAGAACAAAUUACUGGUAUCGGAAGAAUCGAUAUUUCAAUA